UUCUGAAGGAGGAGUCUGCGCGGCGCGCGCGCCUAAGCCGCGCCCUCCCGGCGGCUUCCUGGCUGUCAAACCGCAGCGGGAGCGAGGGGCGCAAGGUGUGGAGUCCCUUCCUCAGUUUACCCCGCAAGCGAAAAAGGAAAGGAUUGUUAGAGCCUCCCCGGAUGCUCUGCGGCCCGAGAAUCCGGCUCCCCCGAGGUCCCGCAGCACGUCUUCCUAGUUUUGCAUCGCAUCAGGACUUUCCUGGAAUUGCUUUUUAAGUCUCGUCCUGACAGUCACUACCGCCUCUGGCGCCCUGAAUCUGUUAUUUCUCAAGUUGGCAUUGCCCUCGGUACAGCUGUUGACGUCACUUAGCACUGAACUGAAGCCCGCGGUGCGUGGCCCAGGAGCAGGGGCGGUGAUGAGCUGCUGAGGUGGCAGAAGUUGGUGCAGAGGGAGCACCCCCGAUGCUGCCCUGCUUCCAGCUGCUGCGCAUAGGGGGCGGCAGGGGCGGUGAUCUCUACACCUUCCACCCCCCAUCCAGGUCGGGCUGCACCUACCGACUGGGCUGCAGGGCUGACCUGUGUGAUGUGGCCCUGCGGCCCCAGCAGGAGCCGGGCCUCAUCUCUGGGGUCCACGCGGAGCUGCAUGCUGAGCUCCAAGGGGACGACUGGAGGGUCAGCCUGGAGGACCACAGCAGCCAAGGGACUUUGGUCAAUAAUGUCCGACUCCCAAGAGGCCACAGGCUGGAGCUGAACGAUGGUGACCUUCUGACCUUUGGCCCUGAAGGGCAAGCAGGAACCAGCUCCUCGGAAUUCUACUUCAUGUUCCAACAAGUCCGGGUCAAACCUCAGGACUUCGCUGCCAUCACUGUCCCUCGGUCCAGGGGAGAAGCUGGGGCCGGGUUCCAGCCCAUGGUGCCCCCUCAGGGGGCGCCCCAGCGGCCACUCAGCACCCUCUCCUCUGCCCCCAAGGCCACACUGAUCCUCAACUCCAUCGGCAGCCUCAGCAAGCUGCAGCCCCAGCCCCUCACCUUCUCCAGGGGUGGAGGCCGACCACAAAGCCUGGCUGCUCCCACCCGACCCGGCGAAGUGGGAGCUUCAUCUGCUCCGCCCACAAGGAACCGGAGGAAAUCGGCUCACAGAGUGUUGGCAGAACUAGAUGAUGAGAGCGAGGCUUCCCUGUGCCCCCUGUCCGUCCUGAUGGAGCCCAGGAAGAAGCUCCGCAUGGAGAAAGCGGCUCUGGUGUCCAGUGGGAGGGAAUGAGCACAGGAAAAAUCCAUUGCCGUAGACUCCAACUCAAGGCUGAAGAACCCUCAUGGCUGAGGUGACAAAAUAAAAGAUGGUUUCCUGCCAAAGGUGUUGCUGCCAACUUCCCAGUGAGCUGGAAUGCCCAGUAACAAGGAAUCACGCCUCGUUCCCAUGGACACCAGAGUUACCUGCUGCUGGAGCAACCAUCACAGAAGCCACCCCAGGGCUUCCUUAUACUAUGGCUAGCACCACAGCUGACUGGGUCUCUGUGACUGGCUUUUCAGAGCUUUGCCUUUAAAUAAAAAUAAAUUUGCUU